AUGUCGAACUCAGAUAAGUACAGGUACAGAGUCGAGGUGCAGCAGAUGAUGUUCGUCUCUGGCGAGGUCAACGACCUGCCUGUCGAGACAACAUCGCUAAUUGAGGACAUUGUUCGAGGACAGGUUAUCGAGAUCCUUCUUCAGGCUACCAAGACGGCAGCCAGUAGAGGAACACGGUCUAUUACUUCUGAAGAUGUGAUCUUUCUUAUACGACAUGAUAAGGCCAAGGUUAAUCGUCUUAUUACAUACCUUUCGUGGAAAGAUGUCAGAAAGAAUACAAAAGAUCAAGAAGGCGGAGGUGCUGAGGGUCUUAUUGAGGGAGACGCAGCAGGACCAGCAGCAGGCUCGGCUCCUGGAGCAAGUGACCAAUCUAAAAUGAUAACUCGUUACAAGAAGUCAAAGAUCAGAUUGCCCUGGGAAGUGCAGUUCAUGUUCAGUGAACAACAUCUAGAAACUGCGGAGGAGGCAGAGGAGGUUGACGACGAGGAAAAGGCUGCUACUAUGGCCUCCUUGAAAAGAUUGAAAAUGGCAGAUGACCGUACAAAGAAUAUGACAAAAGAAGAAUACGUCCAUUGGUCUGAAUGUCGUCAAGCUUCUUUCACAUUUAGAAAGACUAAGAAAUUUAGAGAGUGGGCCCAGAUAACCCAGAUUUGCGAGUCGAGACCAAAUGAUGAUGUCAUUGAUAUCCUUGGAUUUUUGACCUUUGAGAUCGUUUGUUCACUCACAGAAGUGGCUAUGGCCAUUAAAACGGCGGAAGAGAAACUUAUACAGCAGUCACUACUGAAAGCAGGUGCCAUCAACAAGGAGAUCAACAAGAGAAAGCGGAAAUACUUGUUCGAGAAGCCAGAUGAGCUUGCCAAACCCAUACAACCAUAUCAUAUCGAAGAGGCCUGGCGCCGACUUCAAUCUACAGACUUUAAACAUAAAGCCGUUCGUUCAUUUGGUGGGGGUAUGCUAAAAUCUAGAACCAGAUUGAUCUGA